CAAGGUUAGUUCUUGAAAUAAAUAUUUACAUAUGCUAUAUAUUAGAUUUGUUUGUUCUUGGGAAUUGUUUGAAAACGUUGUAUGUUAUAGAAAUAUUAAACAGGCCUUAGGGCCCGGAUUCUUAACGUAUAAAAUGUCAAUAUUAGCUAAAAUGAUUAGAGCUUUAAUAUUAUCUAAUGUUUUUUUAGAUUCUCAAACCUUCACUCAGAUUCUCCGAGAUAUAACUGAACUCGAACCGGCCGUAGGGUCUCCGGAACAAAUUGUUUACAUCCCAACGCCGACCCUGAAUUGUACUGAAAUACAUCCUAGAACGGGUGCCAUAGGGAGUCUACACGGUUUCUGUGAAGGAUAUGCCUACGAGACAAUUGUGCCCUACUCCCAGGAUGUAUUUACACACAAGCCGCAAACAGAGACUUUAAACGGCCUGUCAACUCCCCUGACCCAGGACCGUUGGACGCCCCCUAUUAAACACCAACGGACAAUCAGGGCCCAGAUCCACAGGUCCGCUUCACCCGAACAAUACUACUGGGAGGGUAUUCACGAGACAGCGUUACAAGGACAAGGCUCACAAGCUACAGACCAGGCAGAUGCUAUAAUUAGGGUUGCCCAAAGACAUGUUCCCGAGUUCUCAGAGCUUCUUCAGAACAGCCCUCUUCAAAAAAGCCGAGACUCCUCGCCGGCUUAUAAAGACAUCCAAGAAGCUACACAUCUAGAUCCCGAAGAGGCGCCAAAGACCCCAGUCACCAGAACAGCGAAGCCUGAUGAUUUCAAAGUUUUAAAUGACAUUUCUGAGGUAGACGAUUUGAUGUUCUGUGAAGUGGCCAACCUUAUUGAAGCGGCCAAUUCUGGUGGGGCAACAGCCUCUUGUGAAAUAGACCAAGCCGUGCUUUUCAAGGCUUUUACACAGGGUUUAAAAUCACGAAAGGCUUUACUUCAACGUCGUAUGGGUAUUCUAUUCGAACAUCAAUACAAUCAGGAUGUGUCAUUCUGGCGUAGAGAGCUUCCCCGCAUGUUAAACAACAGUAGGGUUAAAACAAGCAAAUACCUCCGUUAAAAAACACAUAUGUAAAAAAAAAAAACACAAGCACACACAUCCUUAAGUAGAGAAAUGGCGCCCCCUAUAGACCUAAGCGAGACAAUUGAAACCCUCUUAGCGGAAAUCCCUACAGAGCUCCAAGAUAUAAUUAACCAUAUGAAUGAUUCUGGGCUAAUUGACAUAGGGGCUAUAGAUGAAAACCUAUUAUCCCAGAUUCCCUCCGAACUCAUUGAAAUUAUUACACGUAUGAAUGAGUCAGGGUCUGCAGAUGAAAACAGGUUAUCACAGAUACCCGAAUCAAUCAUAUCUUUAAUUACCCAGAUGAACGAGAGCCCAAGGUUUAAUUCUGCACCCCCUACACCUCUAAGCCAUCCUUUAACACCCUUGUUCGAAGAGGAAACCCAAUACGAUGUUUUUGAACAGCUGAACAAAUGUCUAUCAAAUCUGGAGCGGGAAGGUCUUGAUCACAAUGUACAGAACGAAAGCCCUAGGUUUAAUUCUGCACCACCUACACCUCUAAGCCAGCCUUUAACACCCAUGUCUGAAGAGUCUG